AUGCCUGCCACCACGGCGGACACCCUCACCCUCGUCCAGCGAACCGUCACGGUUGCGCCUUUGGUUCUUCUCUCUGUUGCAGAUCAUUAUGGACGCUCGGCCAAGGGAACUCGGAAGCGUGUUGUGGGCGUACUGCUAGGAGAGAACACAGGCCAAAAUGUUCGGGUAUCAAACAGCUUUGCCGUCCCCUUCGAGGAGGAUGAGAAGGACCCGUCAGUGUGGUUUUUAGAUCAUAAUUUCGUCGAGUCGAUGAGAGAUAUGUUCAAGAAAAUCAACGCACGGGAGAAGCUAAUUGGGUGGUAUCAUUCGGGGCCAAAAUUGCGCGCCUCUGAUCUUGAAAUCAACGAACUGUUCAAACGAUACACCCCAAAUCCCUUACUAGUGAUCGUCGAUGUCCAGCCCAAGGAAGUCGGCGUGCCUACCGAUGCCUAUUUUGCUGUGGAUGAGAUCAAGGAUGACGGCACCACCACCUCCAGAACCUUUGUCCAUACCCCAUCCGUCAUUGAAGCUGAAGAGGCGGAGGAAAUCGGUGUUGAGCAUCUCCUCCGCGAUAUCAGGGAUGUUGCUGUGGGCACUCUUUCGACACGUAUAACGUCACAGCUGCAGUCGUUGCAGGGCCUGCACCUGCGUCUUCGAGACAUUGGACAGUAUCUACAGAAAGUCCUAGACCACGAACUACCAGUCAACCACGCCAUCCUGGGUAAUCUCCAGGAUGUCUUCAACCUCCUUCCCAACCUGUCAACUCCGUCAGCAACACAACGUCUCAGCGGAUCAGAACAGCCAACGGAUAACAGUGAACUGGCGCGCGCAAUGAGCAUAAAGACGAACGACCAAUUGAUGGCCAUUUACCUGAGCAGCUUGAUCCGCGCCAUUACCGCAUUCCACGAUUUGAUCGAUAACAAGAUCCAGAACCGGCAACAGCAGGAGGAAAAUGAACUGAAGCGGGAACAGGAAGCCAAUGCAGCCAAAAGUGAAAAGGAUGUGGCCAAAAAGACCAAUGCCGCCGUGAACGGCGAGCAGAAGGAGAAUCAUGACAAGUCCAAGAAAAAGAACCAAAGGAAUGACUAG